AUGCAGCUCCCUCACCUCUCCCUCAGCCUCCUCCUCCUCCUCGGCGCAACAGCGACGGCGCAGAAGACGGGCCCGAACGGCAAGCGCAUCUGCGUCGGCGGCGCCAUCUCGUGCCAGUACGAAAAGGGCCGCUGCGCCAACAUCUGCGGCGACUCCUUCGUCAACGGCCAGGGCACGCCGGCCUUCAUCGACCCCAACUGCUCGUGCCCCGAGGGCCAGGCGGAUAACAAGUACACGGGCGCGGCGUGUAUCGAUGUGGUGAGGGCGUUGGGGAGACAGGGGUGCUGA